AAUGGUCGGCUUGCCGAUGAACGUGCUCAGCUUUCAGCACAGAAUGCUGCACUUUAUCACGAGUACGAUAGAAUUUGGGAGGAAAUCGAUCGGGUCCGACUUGAGUUGGCCGAGUACCAGGCAAGAGAGGAGCGACUCAACGCCGAGAAGGAAUUCCUGAUGAAGGUUCAAGAACGUGAAGUGCACGAGAUCAACACUCUUCUAGCAGAGUCCUCUUUCGAUGCGAAGAAGUUCUUCGAAGCCGAUAUUGCAAACGCCAUCAGAGACAUCAAACUCGAAUACGAAGCCUCCCAUAAACUCAUCCGUACCAGAGUCACCUCCUAUUAUCAUCAGAAGGCCGAAGAAAUGCGCAGAAUCGCUGAGGCAAGAGGCGCCGACGAAAUGAAGCAUCGACUAGCUCAGAUUGCAAAGAUGGAGGGCACAAUCGGUGACCUCAGAACCAAGUUCCGUCCUCUUGAGGACCGAAACCACCUUCUGGAGAAGGAGUACAGCCAACUCCAAAACUCGAUUAGAACCGACGAGGAACGUUACGAAAGAGAGAAGCGACGUCGUGAUGAUGAAUACAGGAAUGCGCUCGCAAUGUACCAACGC